AUGAAGCGGACUCUAUUCCAGCCAUCACCAUGUUGGCACACACGUUCUAAGAUUUCAAGGUGGGCGAGAUUACCCUCUCCCCGUCUACUCUCGAGCCAAAAAGCCAAAGAUGAACCGCUACGCAUCCUUUUCUGCGGCUCCGAUUCAUUCAGCGCUGCCUCCUUGACUGCCCUACAUGCCUUUUCAAAGACCGCGCAAGCCAACAUCGCCUCCAUUGAUGUUGUCACGAGAACGGACAAACGAAGCGGGCGAGGUCUGAAGCUCGUCAAUAGCCCGCCCAUCAAGCAUGACGCCCAACGACUUGACCUUCCAAUUCAUCAGAUUGACACCUUCAAAGGAUGGAAUUUACCAGAGUACAAAGGCUUAAAUCGACAGAUUAACCUGGUGAUCGCAGUUUCCUUCGGACUUCUCAUCCCUCGAAGGAUCCUUGACAUGGCCAAAUACAAUGGCCUCAAUGUGCAUCCCUCGAUGCUACCGGAUCUGCCAGGAGCUGCUCCGAUUCAAUGGUCCAUAAUUUAUGGCAGAACGACGACAGGGGUCACAGUGCAGACAUUGCAUCCAUCGAAGUUCGACCAGGGGCUGAUCCUCGACCAGACUCCAGCUCCCGGCAUAGCAAUUCCCAAUCCUCAAAGUAUCACGACCCCGCAGCUUAUUGACUUGUUGGCGCCUUUGGGAGCCGAAAUGUUGGUCAACGCGAUUCGGAACAAACUGUACAUCUCGCCAUAUGAACCCGUCCGCGACCAAGGGAAUGCCCGAGAGGUGGCAAUGGCUCCUAAAAUCACUCCGCAGAUGAGAGUCAUUGAUUUCACCAAAUUCACCGCCACCGAACUCCUAAGGCGAAACCGAGCAAUUGGGCCUUUGCAGGUGUUUCUCAAAAAGGGCGACGAGUCAAAAGACCUAAUACGCAUCAAGAUCUCUGAGGAUGCUCGAUUUGCUACGAGCUCAGACAUCCCAGAAUGCAUGAGAAGCUUUGCCGACCGCAUUCCAGCAGGCGUUCCUUAUGCAAUAAUGUCAAAGAGCCAAAGUCCGACUAACAGCAAUAAACCUUUGUUGGUUAACACUCUCGCGACGGAUAGCGACUGCAGACAAGUCGCAUUUCCUCAUAUGACCGUCGCAUCUAUGGGAAAAUCUACCGGUGCAGCAGCUGCUGCUCGAGCUAUAGCCUUUCGCAGAGCCGAGAUCGUCGGAGAUUUUGGUCUUCAUAUUUGUACGCGGCCUUUCAUGCUGCCGGAUGACCUCAACGGGCAAUAA